AGAUAUCAGACAGAUGCGUGCGACAGUCGGAGAGUUUGAGUUUCAGAGGAAGGAUAUUAAACGUUAGCGUUUGCACUGUCGCUAACGGGGUCUGUGGGACAUACUGAGCAAAAGAUAAGGAAUGGCAGUUGAUAUUUGUUGCCAAUUGAGAGCCGUCUGGUAAGAGUUGAGAGCUUGUUUCGUUCUUAUACACAAGUGUUAUUAAUUACUCAUAAAUGCGAAUAUCAUUUGAACUGCCCUUACGUUGAUUUUCUGGAUUCUAUAGGCAUAGAUAUACAUUUUGCGCAAUGGAGCCCUAAAUAGUUGCAUAUUUUCUUUAAAAAUAUGACUUAUAGAACCGUUUUUAGACCCUGGAGACUUUCGAAGUUGCAGAAGAGCAACAAGAUAAACGUACAUAAUUUGGGCGAAAUCCACUGAAUCAACACUGAUUAACCAAUGCCAUCCCAUUGGUCACAGACGUCAGUUCAAUGUUUAGUUUUGAUUUACAUGUGGUUGAGUUAUCACUAACGUGAAUUCAAAUAAACAUGCCACCAUGUCAUUCGAUUUAGGCAAAAAGUUGGGUGAAAAAACGACGAAAUUCCCCAAUGUUGAUUUUUGUUGUUUCAAAUCCAAUCAGUUUUCCAAGUUGAUUCAUGGUCAUCAUAUUGAUUUUUUUGGUUGAAAGGACGUUGACUCAACCAGUUUUUGCCCAGUAGGAUGGGUCCUAAGACUUACCCCAGCCUCUUCUGCUGCCAAAAAAGGGUGACUUCAAGAGCUUGAGGGGGCAACACCACAACACAACCCUUACAGCCUGACACACACAACCAACACAAACACACACUGAACCUCCAGCCAUGCUGUCGAACGAGAGCUGUGAGAACAGCACCCAUAUCCACACAGACGGGAACCCGGUGGUGAGCACAGUGAUGUUCAUCCUGGGGGUGAUGGGGAACUUUAUCGCCCUGACCAUCCUGGGUGUCCACCGGAAGGAGCGGCGCACCAAGUCCUCCGUCUUCUGCAUCCUGGUGACGGGGCUGGCCCUCACUGACCUGCUGGGUACCUGCUUCCUUAGCCCCCUGGUGUUUGUGUGCUACGCCCGCCAGCGGUCCCUGCUGGGGCUCACUGGGGACCAGGGACUCUGUGGCCUCUUCGCCUUUGCCAUGACCUUCUUCGGCCUGGCCUCCAUGCUCAUCCUCUGUGCCAUGGCCGUGGAGCGCUGCCUGGCCAUCAGCCACCCCUAUUUUUACUCCAAGUGCGUCCGACGCAGCUUCGCCAAGGUGGCCCUCCUGCUUAUCUACAUCUUCACCUGCGCCUUCUGUGUUUUGCCAUUCUUCGGCUUUGGCCGCCACAAGCAGUACUGCCCGGGCACGUGGUGCUUCAUCAAGAUGGAGGCGGCAGGCGAGGGGGUGGACGAAGAGAGGAAGGUUCUGGCGUUCUCGCUGUCCUACGCCUCGCUCAUGGCGCUGCUGAUCGUGGCGGUGUUUGUGUGCAACGGCUCGGUGAUUGUCAGCCUGUGCCGGAUGCACCGCAGCCAGAUGACACGGCGUGGUUCGGUGGUGAACGGAGGGAGGAAGAGGAAGAUGAGUCUGGGCUGGUUCGGACAGGGGGAGGAGGAGAUGGACCACCUGAUGCUGCUGGCCUCCAUGACGGUCAUCUUCGUUGUCUGCUCCUUGCCGCUCACUAUUGCCGGUUUUGCCAAUGCCAUCGAGCCGGUGGGUGACGACCAGGAGAACCUGCUGGCGUUCCGUUUCCAGGCCCUCAACCCAAUCGUGGACCCCUGGGUCUUCAUCAUCUUCCGCAAGUCCGUGUUCCGCCACCUCCGCUCGCUGCUGUGCUGCCGCUUCACGGGGGGAGCGGUGAAGAACACGGCCCACUGCACCUUCUCCUUAACCCCUGACGACCACAGGGAGUCUCCCAAAUCCUUGCCCUCUGUUUCCUUGCAGCCCAAGCUAUACUCCAGCCUCUUAUGUGGGGGUGGGACUCGGGGCAGGAAAGAGGAUGGGAUUUAGGGAUGGAUGGAUGUGGGAGAGUAGACAAUUGGGGGAAGGGGUUCGGGAUUUAGGGUUUGGAGAACUAACUUUUUUGACCACUAGUACUUACCUUAUCCACUGUUGACUAGAAUGCAUAUAGUAUACCUAUGCAUGAGUAUACCGAUGCAUGAGCUACGUUUCAUACAUUCAUACAUGUUUCAUACAUGUGAGUGCCAUAUAAAAAGACUGCAAAGGAGUGGAUAAAGUGAGCGAUUAUGCCUCCAAACACUGAAAACAAAAAAAACUCCAAGCAACUGAAAUGGAUGUAUGCAGGAGAAGACCACUAAGGGGGAUUCAUUAUGGACAACCAGCCCUGGAAGG